CGCUACUAUUGAUUAAUGACAUUGAAAUAAUUACAGCUUUAGAAUGUUGAUCUUCCGCUUAUCAUUUUCGCGUUGUUGGUAAAAAAGUUCGUUCAUAAAACAAAUUUAUAUCUAAUCUGCUUGAACUACUUGAAAUGGAUUCUUAACAAUGUUCCUUGAUAAAUGAAUCGUUCAGUGUAAAAUUAAUAUUGGUGUAGUUUAUUUGUGAAUUCUAGUCAUCAGUGAGAGUUCUGACCAUGGAAAAUACAUACAGCGAGACUCUUUCGCCAGAGGAAAAAAAUGAGAAACAUGAAUAUUAUGAGAGCAUUCAUAAGAAGAUAUAUCCAAUUUGUUCUACCGCCACGCCAUCGUCGACGACGCAGGCAGGUGGGUGCUGGCGAUUUUGGAGACGAAGUAGAUGGAAGGUAUGAAGAAAGCUACAGUUGUUGGCCUCCACCACUAGCUAUGGUUCUUAUGUCUGCUUUCGAAGUGGCAUGCUUCAUCACAGAUGAAUUCGCCGAGAAGGAUUCGACGCUCAGGGGAAACGGGAUAACUGCACAAAAAUUUAUUUAUGAUCCAAGUAGAAGACAUGAAGCUUGGAGAUUUUUGACGUAUAUGUUUGUUCAUAUCGGAGGGUCACAUCAAAUAAUUCUUGGAGUUCCUUUAGAGAUGGUUCAUACUUGGUGGAGAGUACUUUUAGUAUACUUUUCUGGAGUUCUUGCUGGUUCACUUGCUACAUCUGUUAGUGACCCAAGUAUAUACCUAGCCGGUGCCAGCGGAGGGGUGUACGCUAUUAUAACCGCACAUAUCGCAACUAUCAUAAUGAAUUGGAGUGAGAUGACAUUUCCCCUGGUCCAAUUGAUGUUCUUUCUCUUAAUAACUUCCAUUGAUGUCGGCACUGCUAUCUACAAUCGAUAUUGGCUUAAUCUAGAUGAAAACAUUGGAUACAUGGCUCAUAUCGCAGGUGCCCUUGCUGGUUUACUAGUUGGAAUAUGGGUUCUGAAAAAUUUUAUUCCGUCCAAGAAGGAGACCUAUUUGUGGUGGGCCGCACUUGUCGUCUACAUUGUCUGUAUGGGAGUUAUGAUUGUGCUCAACAUUUUUAGGACAUAGUUUGAUUCUAGGCAAAAAUGACGCUCAAAAUGUAUCUCUGAAUAAUUAUAGAAAUGUAUAGUAAUUUCUGAAUAUCAUGAAUAUAUUUUAAAGACUGAAUAGAUUAGUUUUUCCAAUAUGCUAGAAUUACAGAUUAUUUUCACUUGAACUUAGCUAAUCAUUCGAAAGUGUCUAUUUAUGUAAAUAUGAUCAACAAUAAUUGGUGUUUUAGUAUGAGUUUGUAUCAUCUACAAAAAAAGUCAGGAUUUGUAAUGACUGAAUGCUGUGAGUAUCUAUCAUGAAGCACAUAUCACUGUUGGAAUUAUUAUUGACAGAUUGAUUUUAUUACAAAUUUUACACAUGUUUAUCUUGAUAUUGAUAAUGUAAAUAUUCAUAUUGACUCAAUGAUGGAGUGGCAAUAAAGAAUAACUAUUUCAAAAAUAGUUUAUUUUGUUACAUUUUACUUACAGGAAGAUUCUUCAGUAAAUAAUCAAAAUGGAAAAUAAGGAUUAGAGUAAAAAUAUAUAAAAUAACAAAUUUUUCAGAUGAAAACAAACACAGGUAUGUAAAAGAGAAGUCAAGUAUCGCAAAUAUAAUAGCACCUGAAGAUAUGUAUAUCAUUAUUAAUAGAGAAUAUAAGCUGUUUCACAUUUUGUUCCUGAUUUCCAUUCUGAUGUAUUUUGAAUCUCUCAUCACUCAUUUUGGUUAAAAACUGAAUAUUAUAUAAAAGAUCAAAAAGCUUUCAAUUUUCAAUGGUCUGUUAGUAACUUGGUAACAAUUGUGUUUCUACAUCUUUGCCCUCUGAAUAUGUUGUUGAAAGUUUAGGUAUUCGAGUAUUAUUUUAUUUUGAGUUAACAAAAAAAA